UGAACGAACUUCCCCGAAUCUGCGGUUUUUUCCACAAGCAAAGAAUCAAGUCAGCAAAAGCAGGAUUUGCCUAAAAAUAAGUUCUUUCUUCUCCGAUUAUUUGAUCUUUCUUCUCUUCUCCUUCUUCCACCAGUUCGCCAACAGCAUCAUCGAGAUUUGAGUUUUUGAGUGCAGAAGAGAAGUGUGGAUUAUAUCUUAAUAUUUCCGCAGGCACAUGGAUGAGUCAAAUAAGCAUAAGGCCAUCAGAGCCAAAGAGAUUUCUGAGAAAAUGUUUGCUGCAGGUGAUGUUUAUACUGCAAUGAGGUUCGCUCGUAUGGCUCGAAAUUUGUUUCCUGGUCUUGAGGGUAUUGAGCAGAUGAUAAAAAUAUUUGGUAUAUACCUCGCUGCUAAGAUUAAAAUAAAUGGUGAAAUUGAUUGGUACACUAUGCUUGGUGUAGGCACGCAAGACGAUGUUGCCACGAUGAGGGAAUCGUAUGUGAGUUUAGCUUCCCUGAUUCACUCUGAGAGGAACAAGUUUGUUGGCGCAGAUGGGGCCUUUGAACUUGUUUCGCAAGCAUGGAGUGUGCUGUCAGAUAAGGCUAAGAGGGCAAUGAUCGAUGAGAAGAUUAAUGCCCCAGCAUUCGAUGAGGAGGUGAAGGUGGAAACAUGUAAACUUGCAACUGAGUGUGAAUAUAUACCAUCAGAAGAGGGGGCUAAUUGUGAUCACAAUGUUACCGAGGCUGCCACUUCAAUUGCAAAGAUUCAGAAGGAGAAUUCGCCUGCAUCAAGAUCAAGUACAUUUUGGACUAUGUGCCGUAGGUGCAAGCUUGUAUUCCUGUACUCUAGAGUUAAAGUUAACUGUAGACUUUUGUGUUUUGUUUGCAACAAAGAAUUUAUGGCAGUUGAACUAGAUAGACGGAAGGUUUUAUCAGCAAGGAGGCGCUCCAGGGGGUUGCACACUGUCAAUCCACAGGCACAUGAUGUAAGCGACUUUCAUGGCAGUACAUUACUGAGAAAAACUUGUCAGGGUUCCUCUGCAACUCAAGAAAAAGAUGUUCAACAGAUGUAUCAGAAAGUAAAGCGAAAGCGCAAUGAGGAGCAAGUAACAGAGAGGGAAAAUGCCUCCCAAGAGGAGCACCCUGUUGCUAAAAGAAGUUACUUUAAUCCUUCCAAGAUAAGAAGUGCCUUGGAGGAUAUGAGCUUGACCAGCUGUGAUGAGCGAAACUCAAAGGAGCCGGAUUUCAAAUAUAGCGGGAUAACCCAAGCUAAAGAGAGCGGCAUUGCAAAAGGCAUCUACCAGGCGGAGCUUCGUAACCAUUUUAUGGACAUUGCUGUAAAUGCGCUUAGUACAAAACUAGCUGCCCUUAAUCCGGAUACUAAUGAUAGCCAGAAAGCAAAUGAGACGGGGGAAACAUUUUUGAGGGAAUCUGAAAGUUGUGAUCAAGACAAUUGUGAGAAGCCAGAAGAAAGGACAAGUGGAGUCCAAGCAACCAUGCCAUCUGCAGGCUCUAAUACUAUGACUGACAUGCUAACAAAAUCUUUGGGGAAGAUGUCAAUAGAUUUCCAAUUUCCAAAUAAUGCAGAUAAAGAAGUAUAGAAGCAGCUAAUGGUGACAGACUGACAGUAAAGAAUCUAGUCUUUGAUUAUAGAUUUUUAAUCAUUUGAUUUUAUGUGCAUAUAUGGCAUACUCCAGUUGAAAGUUUCUAAUUUUAGUUAUUGAAUAGCAGACACUUCUAAUUCUUUUGCCAUUUAUAUUGGAUUCUUGUUACUAGAAAUUUGAGUAAUCUAAUUCAUUCGUAUAUAGAACUUUUUGUAGAAAAGUAGAGGUCUACUGUUAAGUGAAGUCACGUUGGUUGUAUCUAAAAGAAAACUAUUUUUGUCAGGGGAUUUAUACGUUAGAUGCCUAGGGUGAAUGACUAUCGAAGUUUA